GCGGGAUGCCACUUUUGAAGGGGUGGUUCCUAUCCUCCAAUCCGGAUACAUACAUAGCGAGUGCAUCUCUUUCAGAGCAACGUUGAAGCGCAACAUGUACCGUACUAGUACGGUACAGUGCCAGUACGGUGGUCGAGGAUAGUACGAGUACGGUACUCGAGUAGUAGUAGUGUAUCUUGCUUCCCGCUUUUUACAACCGUCUCCUUGCCGACCCCGCACUCCCUGGUACGGUACAGAUCAUAACAAAGCUGGGAUUAAAAAAACAAAGCAAUCAAUCAAUCAAUCAAAAGACCCAGUAAGACGCCUCCUGGAAAACUGUACUCGAGUAUAUAAAGGCUCUGAUGCACUCACUGGCCUCGUAAAAUCGAUAAAGAAAACCCCCAGAAGCAAAAAUACCACCCCCCGAUACAAGAAAGAAAAAAACUCGACCGCCCUCAUGAGCUCCACCGAGAAAACUUACGAAGGAUCUUGCCAUUGCAAGAACGUCAAGUUCAGCGUGACCCUAGCGACCCCCCUCGAAGAGCAAAAGCUUAUCAGCUGCAACUGCUCUCUCUGCUCGGACCGUGGUUUUCUCAUCUUCUUCGCCACGGGAGACCAGGUCACGGUCGAGGGCGAGGAACACCUCAUCCCCUAUUCCUUCAACAAGCAUAUCAUCCGUUACCACUUCUGCAAGGGCUGCGGGUCCAGCUUGUUCGGGCAUGACGAGGGCAAGACGCAGUAUGGGAUCAACGUAUGAAGCCCCCCCCCCCCCUUCUUGAGAUGGCUACCGCUGAGACUGAGUGGUAUUAUAAGGCGCGAUCCCUCGACGGUGUCGACUUGGACAAGUUGAAUCCGAUCAAGUACGAUGGUGCCUCUCUUUAAGGCUUGAUUGAAGAGAUGCUACCGGUAGUUGCCGGCAAAGGGUAUCAUAUGGUACCGGUUAUGUGAUUCUCGUAGUGUAUGAAAUUUAUGGAUUCUUUGGGGAGGUAUCAUAGGAAAAAUCAGUUUUCCCUAAGAUGAUAGAUAGUCUAGCCGUUCCAUCCAAUUCCAAGCUCUAUGAUACUGGGAGCUGUAACGAGUAAAAAAGAAAUCAAUUGAUUAUAUAACAACAAUAGAAAGAAAUACGGAAAGAAAUGAGAAAACAUUGAUGCCCUACCGUGAGCGAUAGAAAUGGAGGAGGGAGCAGAAUACUGGUGCAGUACUAGUAGAGCACAUACGGAGGUAUGAUAAUGCAUUUGAAACUCUACCCAGUUACGCAAUCGGCAGGAACUUUGGCACGGUCACUAUUCUCACCAUGAUACGGUACUCCUCUCACUAUUUUCCAUGCAUAGUGUCGGGGAACC